AUGGAUGGAGCUAAGAAUACCCUCAUACUCUCGCGGGAUGUUGCAGAGGAAGAGAAGGAAGCGGAAGUGGCGGGGAACGCCAAGCAGCAGCAGCACAAUGAAAUACUUCGCUGGAACCAAAUUAAGGAGCAGGAAAAUAAAAAAUGGGAGACAGAGCUUAGCUGUGAGACAGGAGAAGACGGAGAGCCACUUUAUUGUCUAGACAUCUAG